UCAACUACCUCUACAUCAUUCAUCAAUACAUACCAAACAGUACAAUUUUAUCCACAAAUUACUUUUCGCCAUGACGAGAUGCAUUUGUCUUUUGCUAGUAAUUGCGAAUGUCGCGUUGGGUUUGAGCGUUGAACAAAAACCAGUUCCUGCCGAGGUGAGACAGACCCAGACGAAUCCUGCUCAGCCCCCAUUGGCCGAGUCCGUCUGGCGACAACAAUUGACCAAUGCUGUCCAAGGCGCAACGGAUCGGUUUCAAACCAAUUUUGUCACCGUUCUCAACGGACUCGCCAACACGACGCAAGAGGCCGGAACGAAUGUCACCAUCGCACUUGCUACACUGACGCGCGCCGUGGUCACCAAUACCUUCGACCUCGCCUCAGUCGUCGCGUACAUGCCGCGCCUCCUCCUUCUCGACCUGCCCAACCAGUUUGUUGAGGUUUUGAAAUUAAUUCGACGCAACGAGGUCCGAGUUAUCCCCGCCGAUGUGAACGGUGCGAUCGACUCCAUUCUGUUCAUGACCCGACAGGCUGAGGAGAGUGGAAUUACCAGGAAAAUUUUCGACCCUAUUGCAAGAUUCCUUCCCAACAUGAUGGCCGGACUUUCCGAGUUCUUUCAAACAAUUAUUGGAACAACGGCCAACGUCUUUGGUGUCGGAGUUACUCGUUACGAUCCACAAGUUUCGGCUGGAAUAGUGACCAAGUACAAUCUUGCUUACUAAGCAUGGAUUAAUAAAUAUAAGCACAUUUCUUAUAUGAGAAGGAUUUGACAUUUGUGAACUUAUGUAUACCUAUAUAAUGGAUAAGAUUGCUUUACGAAUUUGAAAUAAAAAUCUGGAAAUUUCAUAAACAUA